GUGAUGUUAUUUGACCAUUUCGUCGCUGUUUCCUCAGAUAUUAGGUAAUAAGCGGAACUCAAAAAACUACAACUUCUACAAGUAUAACUUCAAUUAGGUACACAACACCAAAGAUACCACUAAAUCAUACUAAAUCAGCGUGUGGAGAGAAGCUCGUAUCUUUGCCUACACGUGUAUAUACUGUGGUUGGACGCAUAUCAUUCUAACGGAACUACGGCGGUGACAGCUGGAUCUUAGAAUCCUUAGCCGCUGUCUUUCCAUCAUCCGAAACUCCGCCAAGUCGGCGCCGUCUCUCAAGCUAUCCGCAUGAAUUCGCUUGUUCGCGGCCCUAAAUGGAGAUAUCUAUAGAUUAUGCCUAACCAUCUCUUUACUAGUUAUACUAGUACUUCAGGCGAUAGCUCAAAAGUACUCCAGCGCUAUUUUCAAAUAUUCCACUCCACGGAACACAACACGCGAGGAUCGGCUGAGAUAUAGCGAGAGCGACGAAAAAAAGUGAGGCGAUCGAGCCGUAUCAAAGUCGAGAUUGUCUAGACUGAUCUCGCUCGGUAGUGAAUGAUGACUCGCCACUAGAUCGGACGACUAUUUGAUACAUUUUUUUUCUCUUCCAUUUAUUCUCCGAGACUUUCGGUGUCAAUUCCCCAAACUAGCACCGAAUUAUCCAUGGCAGCAGACGGUCCUCUAAAUGUCGUCGCUCUGGUGUCCGGGGGGAAGGAUAGCUUUUACUCCAUUCUCCACUGUCUGGUAAAUGGGCAUCGCGUCAUAGCACUGGCCAAUCUCUAUCCGCCGACUAGAGCGGUCAGCGCUGCCCAGACUAGUAAAGAUACUGCCACUAAUAUCAGAGCUGAAGUUGGAGAUAAUCUUAGAAGCGAAAUCGAUAGUGCUAGCACCACUACGUUUGGGAUAUCCUCCGACAACAAUGUAACACCCCAGCAGCAGCGCGGCCCAUCUUCGGAAACGAGCAAGCAUGAUAACGGCGAUGAAGAAGAUGAGGCCGACCUGAACAGUUUCAUGUACCAAACCGUGGGGCACCAGGUCGUACCCUUGUACGCCCAGGCCACGGGGCUGCCUUUGUUCCGACAGCCUAUUCUGGGCACUGCGGUAGACUAUGGCAUUAGCUACAAGGACCCUGAUGGACAACAUGAGCACGAGGAUGAGACAGAGUCCCUCAUCCCGUUAUUACGCUCCGUACUCAAGGCUCACCCAGAGGUCAAUGCCAUCUGCACGGGCGCCAUACUAUCGACGUACCAACGGACUCGAGUUGAGUCCGUCGCCUUACGCCUCGGUCUAAUUCCGCUCGCGUUCUUGUGGCAGUUCCCCAAACUUCCUCUUAAUCCUUUUUCAGAUCCCGCCGCAACCGCGACUAGCCUCCAAAAUAGAGGGCCCGGUAAUAACGACGAUGAUGCACAGUUGUUACGUGACAUGGCAACGAUGGGGCUGGAGGCGCGCAUCGUGAAAGUAGCCAGCGCGGGACUAGGAGAGGAAUUUCUGUGGGAGAAUGUAGCGAGCGAAGCCACUGUGGCGCGUAUCCGUCGUGCACUUCGUCGUUUUGGAGGUGAUGGCGGUCGGGGUGCUGUGCUGGGAGAGGGUGGCGAGUUCGAGACGCUUGUUGUCGAUGGACCGCCUGCGUUGUUUAAGGGCCGUAUUGUGGUUCGUGAUGGUGACAAGAAGGUUGUUCGCGAAGGUGGCGGAAGUGCAUGGCUGAGCAUUCCUGAGGCUAAGGUUGAGAUGAAGCCGGAUGCGAAUGCGUCGUCCCAGAAAAUAGAUGAUCUUGGCGUUCGCAUACCUAACUUGCUUAACUCGAGGUUCUCGGUCGUUCUUGAAUCGCUACGCGGCGAUAUUGAACUGAAUGUGAAUUCUAUGAGUCUCUCCGAUGAAUUAUCGUUGGGCCUAUCGCCGUUGAAGCUCGUCAACUCGAACCCCUCUGGCGAGAAUUGGGUCUUUGUUGGAUACGGGGGAAGUGUCGAAAAUCAGACAGCACGUAUCGUUGACGAGAUCAGUAAGCGAUUACAUGAAUUCUCUUUAUCCCCAACAGCUAUCACUAGUUCAGUGAUUGCGCUCCGGCGGAUGGCGGACUUCCCAACUAUCAACAAGCUCUAUGGUGCAUUGUUCCGUGAGCCAAACCCACCUGCUCGGGUAACGAUCUCAUGUGGUGAAAUCAUGUUACCCCAAAGCGCCGACAUAACAAUUCUCCUCACCGUGCAACCACAAAUGAGGCCGCAGGAUAGACGAGGUCUACACGUCCAAUCGCGAUCGUAUUGGGCACCAGCUAAUAUUGGCCCGUAUAGUCAGGCCAUCGCAUAUCCGCUUCUUUCGGAAGAUGAGGGUCAAGGCGGUGAUGACCAAAAGCAACAACAGAGCGCGAAUUCGGAUUCAUCUCUGGCGGUAUCUAUUGCAGGGCAGAUACCACUGAUACCCGCUUCUAUGAUUUUGCCCCCUGUGCCGUCGAAUAAUCAGGAAAGUAACCUCCCGCUACAAAACGCCCUCGCGUUGCAGCAUCUCUGGCGCGUUGGUGUCGAAAUGAAGGUUCAGUGGUGGAGCAGUGCCGUGGCAUACUUCCCUCGCUCAUCUUCCCCUUCAGAGGCGCGUCAUAGAGCCCUACUUGCUGCCACGGCAUGGGAAACAGCACACACAACUUCACGUCCCGGUCCUUCGGCCGACACCGACGAAGGGCCGGACCUUUGGGAUCGAAAAUAUAAUCCUAUGUAUAUGACGUAUGAUGAUAGUGGAGAAGCUGCUGCAAGACCAAGCCUCCCUGAUUGGGAGGUGUUGAAGGAUUUUGAUGAAGAUGAUGUGAUAGCACGGAGGCCAGUGCCAUUUGUCUUUUCGGUAGAAGUUGAAGAGUUGCCACGGUCGGCUGGUGUUGAGUGGCACGCACAUCUAGGAUUUGCCAACGUAAACCCUGGUUCUAUUCGCAUGCAUACUGUUGCAAGUCUAUCGGCAGAUCUUAUCCUAUACCACACCAUCGUCGAGGCCUCUACUAGCGACGUGUUUGUUCAGACUGUUGUGACCUACCAAAGAGUUGAGGGGACAUCUUUUGAUGGUGUUGCAAACCGCUUUGCCUUAGCUGUGAAAGGUUCCCUGACUGGGCUAUUAGCGAACACGAAACUUUCGGAAAGCGCACAAACUAAUGAAGACUAUCUCAUUGCUGCAAUAGCGGUAAAGCCAAAACUCACGUACAUCAACCCUGAAUCAUUCGAUCUUCUUAAUGAUCCAUCAUCAUUAUCAGAUAAGGGGGGGAUCAUACCUUGCAGAUCAUUGUGGGAUUCGCUAGGCUGUACUUUGGAUGUGGUGUCGAUAUUCGAGACAAAGUGGACUAAGGCGAAGCUUUGAAAAGAGGUAUAGGGUAACUAAAGGGUAGGAUAGACAAAAAUCUAUCUAAGAUAUCUACGAAUGAGCUAUGAUAUGUGUUAGAGCAAGCGUUGCCAACUGUUUAUUCGUUAUGGUGUGAAACUCAUUGAGUCAAAUAAAU